GCCCCUCUCUGUCAGGGAGCUGCCGCCAUUUCAGCACUGUCCCCUGGAGCCGUUGGGCCGGGGUGGUGCGGCGUCCCCUUUCCCCGCUCCUGCCAUGAGCCGCCACAGCGGCGGUUGGGACGGCGCCGGCGAUGAAGCCCAGCUCCUCCUAGACCUAUGCCUUCAGUGUUUGACAAAGAACCUUUCCAGAUAUGCUGCAGAUGUUAAGUCAUUGCCACCCAACAUAAAGGAUAAGCUGAUUAAAUUAAUGAGUAGGCAAGGACAAAUAACUGAUUCAAAUAUCGGUGAGAUAUUGCACCCUGCUGUAGAGUCUCUAGAUCUACGAGAGUGUGAUAUUUCAGAUACUGCAUUAUUGCAGCUUUAUAACUGCAAGCAACUGAAAAAAAUCAACAUAAAUUCUUGCAAAGAAAACAGAUUGGGAAUCACUUCAGAAGGUGUCAUAGCACUGGCCUUAUCUUGUCCUUACUUGCGUGAAGCAUCUUUUAAAAGGUGCUGCAAUAUAACCGACAGUGGAAUUCUUGCUCUUGCACUCAACUGCCAAUUCCUACAAAUAGUGAAUCUGGGCAGCUGUUCAGGCAUCAUGGAUGCAUCUCUACAGGCACUAGGAAAAAACUGCAAAUUUCUUCACAGUGUGGAUUUUUCAUCUACUCAGGUAACAGAUGAUGGCGUUACAGCACUAGUGAGUGGAACCUGUUCAAAGAAUUUGAAGGAGAUCCACAUGGAACGCUGUGUGAAUCUCACUGAUGUUGCUGUGGAGGCAGUCCUUACUUGUUGUCCAAAGAUCCACAUUUUUCUGUUCCAUGGAUGCCCACUGAUAACAGAUCAUUCCCGAGAUGUUUUAGAGCAGCUGAUCUUAUCAAACAAAAUCAAGCAAGUAACAUGGACUGUUUACUGAUGAUUUAUCCUGUACGUAUGAGUGUAAAGUUUACAGAUGGAAGAGCUCUUUCAGAAAACAGGCACCUUGGAAAAAUAGCUGGUGACUUUCGUACCACUGAGUUGCUACCCUCCUUGUUUCCACCAGAGGUCUCUGCUGCCAUCACAGUCCUUCCUUGCCUGUGAGUUUGGGCUUCCCAUUAUCUCUGCUUAGGGCCUUGGCUCACUUUGCGUAAGUGAUCAAGCUUCAUUAAGAGGAAAGUUAAACUAUAAUUAAUAUUACACAACCAUUGCUCAGCCUUCUUGAAGUAUCAGACUUAGCUACUAAGCAUUGUUUAUUGUCUUAGCUAUGUAUAUAAACCCAAUUUAAGUAAGUCUGUGUUCUGAGUUUGCAGUCUAAGAGCGUAGUUGCAACUUAAAGUACCAAGCCCAGACACUUACACAGAAGUGGCUAUAAAGUUGGGACUUGAUUCUGACAAAACUCAACAGAAGGAACUAGUGAAUAGAGGUGGCAUUAACAACGAUGCAAAUGUAUUUUAAGUAGUAAUUGUCUCCUUUCACUAUGUACUUAUGCUAGGUCUGGAAGAAAAAUGUAGGUACUCUUCUUUUGAUGUUACUGGUGCUGCCGGGUUUUGGUUUUAUUUACCAUCAGAUACUUGCUGGAUUUUUACACAUCCAAAAAUACAGUCUGUAAACAUGUAAAUGUAAACUUGCUUUGAAAUUGCUGUGAUGACUUAAAAAAUUUAAGAGUAGUGGCUAUGACCAGAAAAGAGCUUUUUCUACGGGCAAAUACUUAUUUGCUCUGACUUUUUCCAUGUUCUUGCAUGAAAAUCCUUCUAGGGAACAAAGCAUCGAUCCUCAAAAGUGUAGCUGUGGGUGAAAUAGGACCAAAUUUAGUGUCUGAGUACAUGAAUCUCAGGAUGGUAGAGUUCAGCAGAGUGUGUGUUCUGCUGUAUGCCAUUUUUGUAUCUCCAGUGGCCCCCCAGAAGCUGAAAAUAUAACCUUUUAUAUAUUCAAAAGUAGUCAUAUUAAAGUAAAAAGUAUGUUAAUGAGUUUAGCAUGUGAUGGAACAGUGGUCUCAUCGCAGUUGUAAGUCAUGUGCAUUGGCUUUCUUGACACAGCAUAACCUCUUGUGAGACUUCUGUGAUUUCUGCAUUCCAUUUUUUAAAAUGCUAGCAAUUUUAGCAUACAGGGCAGGUAGCAUACCGUGUUCAUACUGUGCAUCCAGAAGUAGCAGGGUUUAGCUAGGAUGGUCUUACAUGGAUCUGAUGACAUUUAGAAACCCAUGAGUUUAGGCAACUCUAAGGAAUAUGUUUACUUUAUAAUUUAACACUUAUUUUAAAUGUUGCAGAAAUAAACCAGUCUUCUACUAAUCUGUUUAAAAUUCAGGUCAAAUUGCAUGGAAGAUAAUAAUAUAUGUUGCAUCCAGUAGUAUUUAAGGACAUCAUGAUGUCUGACAACGUCUGGUUCUGUUGAUUGUAUGGUUCAGGGAAGAGCAAGUCCAUUUUAGAAACUGCUGAAGUGUAACUGAAAGCAUAAUUUUCCAAUGCCAGUGCCUAAAUCUCUAACUCCUGUUGCAUGCAGUCCUGUGGCUCAGCCCAGUGAUGCCUGUAUUCCCAUGAUACCUAUAGGUAGGGGCGCACCAGCACAAGCCAUUCCUGUAAACAAGGAGGAUUUGGUCUUCCUACAUUAGCAACCAGCAUCUGAAGACUGUAACUGCAGCAAAUCCUUGGAAUAGAUUGAGGCCUAAGAACCUAAUCUACAUUUUAUACCUUUUUCUUGCUAAAAAGUAGUUUAUUGUUUUGCCCUGUGAAAUCCCUGGUAUCAGUUGGGGCCCAUCGUUCCUUUGAACUCUUGGAUAUGAGCCAACGAUAAGUUUGGUUUUCACUAUUUUUGGUAUCAAUCCAUCUAGCCGAUGAGGUGGCACCAAUGACACACUCAGUAAAGUAUAAGGAUCAGGCUGCCAGCCCUGGUUUCAGGAAGGGUGCCACAGAAAAAGUAAGUAGAAUUCUAAGUGGGAAGGGGCCUAUGGAGGUUUCUAGUUUAACUUCCUCCCCAAAGCCAUGCCAGCUCGGUCAGGGCUUUAUGCAGUCAGGUCUUGAAAAACUGAGGGUAGCUGAGUUUUCACAACUUUUUCAGGCAACGUGCCCCACUGCUGGACAGUAUUAAUGGUGGAAAAUGUUUUUCUUCUAUCCUCUUUGAGCUUAUUUUGUUUCAGUUUUCUCACUAGAAGAGCCUGGUUGAUGUCCUGACAACCUACUCAUAAGUAUGGGUGAGCUGCUCAUAGGUGCCUUGAAGCCUUUUCUUUCCUAUGCUCAACAAACCCAGUUGCCUCAGUCUGUUAUUGUCACCCAUGUAAUAUAAUGCAGUGAUGAUUGACAGGCUCUCAAGUGCUGUAUAUCCAGAAAGAAAAUUAGAAAUGAAGCUAUUAAAAUAACCCAACUAUUAUAAAGCAACUAAAGAUGGAAGACCACCAAAAUCUGUAACAGCAAAGGACACUUUAAAAAGUUGCUGUCUGUGGGACUGUAGUACUGCUAACCUCUCUGGCAAAGAUGUACUUUUUAGCCUUGCUAAUGUAACCUUGGAUUUGUCAUGUUAAAGGUAAAUGCAGCUUUCUUUGUGUCCUUAAAUGCACGUGUAGAUUUACCGUCUUCUCCUGUAGCCUCUUUUAAAUGUGUAACUUAAUGGCAUAGCCUUGCUUUGUGCUUAAAAAAUUGUACAACAUUGCAGUGAAUUAAUACUGUGGUUUUAGGUCUGAAAGUUUAAUCUAAGUCACGUUAAAUCUUUCACUAUCAGAGCUUGAGUGUGCCUCGUUUAUUAGUAGCAUAACUCUACUGGAGUGUUUGUUUCAGGUAAAACCAUUCUUUGAAACAAAUGUUUACAGGUACUGGGUGAAGUUGGAGAAAAUUGUGUAUAUACUUACCACUUCCUAUUCUGUAUUGUUUCAAUAUUGUUUAAAACUGUUGGGUGAACACUGCAGAAUAUUAGCAUAUUGUUCUGAAGAUUAAAGUUUGUCAGUUUUCUGUUUGCAUGGUUCUGAAA